AUGCCACAGCGCCUGCGGUUUGAGGGGCCGCUGUAUGUGGCAGGCAUGCUACCAGAUGAAACGCGCGCGCGCCUGACCACGCUACACAAGGAACUUGCCGGCUUGGACCAGGGUACGAUCGAUACGACAGAACUGGACGCGUACUGUCGCGAGCUGAUCAGGCCCGCCUUCUUGCGACACAAGGACCGAGGCGUCCAGUCCAUGGUCGCAUGUAUCCUCGCAGAUAUGCUGAGACUGUAUGCACCCAAUGCUCCGUUUUCUCCCAGUGAAAUCAAAUCGCUCUUCCGUUUCCUGCUCGCGCAGUUGGUGGCCCCGUCCGCGGGACUCGCGCACCCCGAGCACCCUCUCUACAAGGAUGCUGUCUACGUUCUGGACAGCCUGAGUACGGUGAAGAGCGUCGUGCUUGUAUGUGAUCUGCCGACUGGCAACGACAUUAUGACUGAGUACUUUGAGAAACUGUGGGCGCUGACCGAAUCGGACCUUGCGAAGAAUGUUGAACUAGCCAUGACAGACAUGUUUGUGCAGCUGCUGGAAGAAAGCGCUACUAUACCACAAUCCGUCGUCCAUGUCCUGAUUAGCGCCUUGGCCACCGACGAUCCCGCAUCUACCGCAGCCACAAUGGCCACGAACGUAUGUCGACCCGUGCAGGAUCGGCUGCAGAAGCAUGUCGCACGCUACUUUGCCACGGCUCUGCAUGAGUCGCAGUAUGACGACGCCGAUGACACCGACGCGAUGGAGGCACUCGAGCAGCUGCAUGCUCAAAUUGUGCGUGUAGCAGAAGCCGUGCCGUCACUGCUCACCAGUGUGGUGCCGCAACUCGAGGCGGAGCUGGGCGUAGAUGAUGACCAUGUGCGCCACCUAGCAACGCGUGUGCUCGGUACUCUCUUUGCCCUAGCAAGCGGCGUUGAAAGCGACUCGUUCAUCCACCUGUAUCCUAGCGCCUGGAAGGCAUGGCUCGGCCGCACUGUCGAUAAGCGAGUGGCCAUCCGCACCGACUGGAUCCAGAGCGCCGUGCGGGUGCUGUGCGCACACGAGUCUGUCGCGCCAGCCUUGUCGCCCUCCCUGGCCGCACGCGCCGUGGACCCCGACGAACACGUUCGCACGGCACUCGCGGACGCCAUUGGAUCGUUGGACUAUGAGUCUCUUAAACACAAGGUGCCCACCCGCGUUCUGCACGAAUUGGCGCAGCGCGGCAAGGACCGGCGCGCAACUGUGCGCCAGAGCGCCCUCGUGGCGCUCGGUCGUGCAUUCGACUUGGGCUGUACAGAUGCAGACGAUGCAGCGGCCAACACCAAGUUUGGCUGGAUCCCCGGCGCGGUGCUGACCUGCGUCCUUGCAGGUGCAUGUGAGGUCGCUCGCAGCGUGACCUAUACUUGGGAGACGUACAUUAUGCCGUUUGCGGAUAUGCCAUCGUACACACAGCGACUCUUGCGUGUUUGGAACGGUCUGCAGGAGCAGGAGCGCACAAUCUUUCUGCAUAUGACCAAUCUGCGGCUGGCACGCCCGUCGGCCAUGGAUGUAUGGCUCGAGUGUUGCCGCGGUGAAGGCCUAGAACGCCUCGAUCCGUGUGUGCGAGCCGUGGCAGCGAUAUUGGGCGAUGCAGAGGCUCCCGGUGUUUUGGCGUCGUUCGCAGCAUCACCCGACGAGACAGUGCUGGACGCAAUGCAGGUUUGUUUCGACCCCGCCACGCCGCUCGCGGAGAGUGUUGCGCGCCGACACGAAGCGCGGGCACGCAUGAAGGAGGUGUUGGUGGACGCCGCAGACACGCUCUAUGCGUGCCUGUGGGACGGCUCAUUUCCCCUUCUCAACCAGUCGUGUGUACUUCCCCUGCUAGACGCGCAUGCUACUGAACUGGUGGCGUAUGUGGCAAGGCAAGCGCCGUACCUCUGUGUACCGCAUGCCUCUGCGUUGACUGAGCGGGUCGUGGAAGGUGAUGCUCUCGCACUAAAACUCUUCGCGGCACUUCUUGGCCACGACAAAGCCGCUGUGCAAGCAACACCUGUGCUCCUAGAGGUACUUCACUCGCAGGCGGCAUCGCAUGCAGAAGCGGCGCAGGCCCUUGCUUGUCUCGCACCGGACGCCGUACCGGACAUGGCUAAGGAGAUGCGCGGGCGCGUCACUUCCGGUUCGGCUUCGGAGCGCGCGACGGCCGUGGCCGGCCUAGCACAUGUAUGGGAAUAUGCGCCCAUCGAGAUGGCUCCGCUGAUGGAUGGAAUGGUAGAGGAUGUGCUGCACCAUGUCCUUCUGGCGCCCUGGCCGAGUGCAGUUGGCCAAUUUGACGACAUCGAGUGGCUGGAUGAGCACGAUCCGAGUGCGCCACCGGACCUCAUGGCGCGCGUGGCGGCGCUACGCAUGCUCGUGUAUGUGUGCGCAGCGCAAGACGACGUCGCUGGUGCAGCAGCGCCUAUCUUGAAGCUGUUGUGGGUUGUCCUGGGUGCUGGAGAGGCGCAAUCGGACCAACAAACGCCUGCAGCCGUCCGCGCGCGCCUGCGGUCAGGCGCCGCCGAAGCGCUGCUCGACUUGGCCGCGCAAGAUGCCUUAGCGACACGAAUUCUCCCACGCAUGGGCCGCUUUGUGUAUGUUCUACAAGACGAGUGCUUCCAAGUGCGUAGCCGUCUGCUGGGCGACCUUCUCAGUCGCUUGGCGUGCGAUAAGCUGCCUGUUGACUUUCAUGCGCUCAUUUUCCUCGUCGCCUUUGAUCCCGAGCCGGAACAGCUCAGUCACGUCGCAUCGUAUGUGCGGCGCGUCCGGCUGCUACCCGAGGCGCUGCGUCAGCAGCGUCUGGAAGACGUGUGGGUACGCUUCUUGUUUCUACUGUCGCACCACCCCGAUUUUCAGUCGGACCAACCUGAGCAGCUCGCAUCGUUUGCCCGGUACAUGGACUUUUACUUGCGCUGUGUCGCGACGCAGGACAACGUAAGUGUACUUGCCCAUUAUGCCGCGGACGUUCGCUCCUACCUAGACGUGACUUCGCCGGAGCAAAGCUUCGAGGCAGAUCAUGCUUUACACGUGGUGGCUGAGCUGGCGGAACUUGUUAUUCAGCGCAAGGCUCAUUCAGAGGGAUGGACUAUCCGUCCUCUUUCGUCCCCAACACCCUGUCCCUCGGACAUUCUCCGGAAGGGACCGAGCCCCUCGCACCGUUUCGUGGAUCCAGCUAUCGCCGAGCGCAUCUUGGCAGGCGAUGCCAAGCCGCGAGGACGCGAGAAAAAGAGUCGAAUCGGGUCGUGA